GUAAUGGUCCUUCUGCUUCUGCUCCUUGCCGUCGGCACCGUAGUCGCCCAAAAUCCACUGACAAAGGCAUGGAACGAGGCAGUGCCCGGAGUUCAGCCAUUCUGGGAGAAAUAUCAGACCGGACCACAUGGAGUCGUUAUCAGAGGAUGGCAGUUUUCCAGAUGUGCCAGUGAGCAGUGGACAAACUACGUGGUAAACGUGUCAAACAUUGUCAUCUGGCCAGACUAUCCACGUUUCCCGGGACCAAUCUUUUUCAAUGUUACGAUGGACGUAAGCGAAGAUCUCCCACUGGACAAAGUUGAAAUGGACCUGGAAGUACGUCACGCCGUGACCAAUAAGCAAGGAUCCAAGGGAUGGCAGGUGAUUCCAUGUCAGGGAUGGAAUAUUAUUGAUGGUUGUGAUGGAGUCGGCUCGUGCCGCUACUGUGACAUGCUCGACAAAUGUAAUGAAGCCGUUUCGGGAGCCCACAAAUACGUAAAAGACCGUAAAGCCAACGAUUUCCUGAAACAGAACAAGUUGUGCCCACCACCAAAGGGGCACUGGACUAUGACUUUCUCUAAAGUUUUCAGCUCUGAAGAUCUUCCAAAAUCCUUCUUUGGACCACUUCAAUCGAAUGAAUACUGGCUAACAUUCUCCUUCACUGACGGAAAAGACAAGAAGCUGGGAUGUGCCCGUUUGUGGGUGGAUGUAUGCAAGUACCACCUUCAGGACAAGUCCCAAAAGUGCCUCCGUGACCCGAAUGCAUUCAAGAACUUUAUCAAUGAAAUUUCAUCGCAAGCUGAACAUAUUCGCUCCAGAAAUGGAAAAUAAAUUGUUUAAAAUUUUGAAAUUUUUCUCGGAGAAAAUUAUUUUUCCGAAAACCAAAAAACCACUUCAAUUUCCAAAAUUUCCGAUCUACACUCUGUGGGUAUAUGCAAUUGUGUCUAGUAGUUUCCUAAUAUUACCUUUUAACAUAAUUUAUUGAUUGAUUUUUGUUUCGGCCCCCACGACAUGUCCAUUUUUCUCAAUGCUUUCAUGUUGAUUUUAAUGAAUUUUUUUUUUGAAAAAUUUAAUGUGAAAAACGCGCAUAAUUAUCCAGAUUAAAAACAUGAAAAUAAUUUUAAUUA